AUGGAAAGUGAAUCUUCAGGAGAUCCUCAAAGUAAUCGCAGAUUUGAGAGUCUCGAAGAAGAGCAUUUACUUAGUAAACAAUUAAAAAAUUUAGCUACUUGGCAUCCAAUACCUAUUACCGCACAAGAGAAAGAGGCAGCUACGAAUGAAGAAAGUAUGUCAAAAGGAGAACUUUUGGCAACUAUAAAUUCACCGCUACUUUCUAUUAAUAUUUCAGAUCACUCUAAGUAUCAUGGCUUACAGCAAAAAAAUCGUAAUCAAUU